CGCCAACCAGGCGAGCGCCAGAAUCGCGCGAACCUUCGCGAGCGAUUCUCCGCUUCAGCACGACGUAACGCGGUCGAGAAAUACUACGAUUGCCUACAGUGUGCCGAACAGUGUCGCCACGUGACCACUGUUGCCAACAACAACAAUCCCAGCAUCACUGCGAUCAACAACAAUAACCUAAAACUAGUGAAAAGCACGAAGAACAACAGCCUGGUCGCAAAAAGCACUAUGGGCAACUAUCGAGUGACCAAUUCCAUAAACUCUUCAUCACUGAAGGAGAACGCUAAGAUAUUGGCUUGUUUGGACGAGACCAGAGUUCUCAAAAACACCAAAACCAGCAAUUUAGCCAGGUCGACGAAGACCCAGCCGUUGCCUCUGACCCCAGCCAAGAAGAGAUCUUCCCUGGCUCGUCCAGUCCGAGUUCACGACUCAUUCGCUCAACCCAGAAAGCUGUUGCCUAUGAACUAUGCCUUCCAGACCUUACAGAAGGCCAGCGAGUCCACGUACGAAGAGGACGACUACAAGGAGACCGGCUGGCCUAUCCGGCUGAGACUCGAGCAGAUGCUCGAGCUGACUUUGCCGCAGACCAAGAAGAGGCCGAAGAAGAAGACGCCGAUGAUGCUGAUGAAGCAGCAGCAGACCAGUAGACAUGCGUGCAAAGACACGGAGAGGCUGCUGCGCGUACUCAGCGUGAACAAUGUGGACCAAGAUACUAGCGGAACGACAAACUGGAUCGCAGGAACCAAAUGGAACAAAGAUGUCUACGACACCGCGUUCACUGUACCAACCGUUUCUGCACGAAUGUUUUUGGUGAAGCGCUGUGGGUUCGAACGAAGCACGAAUAUGAUUUCCGUUCGACAAUAACGUCGAGCUAAUAUGGAGGAUGCAAAACUACGAAUGUACAAGAGAUUUCAGGAACGUUUCGUUUCUACGUAUGAGAGUGGCUACGAAUUAGCUGUGUCUCGUGUGCCAUAACUCCUAACAUUUGAUAUAUUUAUCGAGUCUAGUCCAUUUACAAUGAAACCUUUCGUACACACCCGAGCAAAUGUGUUUAUCCGAAUUCAUAGACUGCACGAAAUAUAUAUAUUAUAUCUAUAUAUACAUGCGUGUUUCAUAAAUCUCUACCUUGUCGACCGAUCAAGAUGUUGUGUUGGUUUCUAGCACUACGGUAAUCAGUAACUAUGAAUGGCGCCAUGUGAAUGUUAAUAUAAAUCAGUCCUCCUAUAGAUUUAUGGAAAUUCCUUGCAACCUACUGUGUGAAGCUAAGAAGUUUGAAGUUACCGAACUUUUCUAUAAACAUAAACUACAUUUGGUUCAUUCCUAGCGAAAAUAGCCGAUCACUAAUAAAGAUUAGCUCAAAACUAGUCAGUUCUCAUGGUGUUAAUGUGGCAGCAAAGAAUUUGACGAAAGGAAGAACUAAUCACCAAACUAUUUCAUCUUUAUUCUCGAUACAACACUUCUGAUACAGCACUUUUUUCAAAUACUUAACAUAUCACGAAAGAUAGCACAUACGAAAAACUAGAGCUACGUGAAAAAUAUAAAAAACACGAAGCAAAUGCGUGAAAACCAAGUAGUCAUUUAGGAUCGAAAUUUCAAAAAGAUUGAGAAAUACAUUUUUUAGGCGCGGCCUUAAUUAAAAAAUAGAUCUAACACAACU